AUGAUUAUUCAGACAAGUUUACAAUUUGGUAUAACAUGCUUAAAGCGGGUUAAUUUUGAUCGAAGUCAACUAGAAGAUAGACGCCGCAUUGCUGAACAUGAAACUGUAGACAUUUUAGUAUGGUCUAAUGAAAGAGUAAUUAAAUGGAUUACUAGUAUUGGUUUGAAGGAAUAUGCUAACAAUUUAAUUGAAUCCGGUGUACAUGGUGCUAUAAUUGCGCUUGACAAGAAUUUUGAGUCUAACACACUUGCUAUGGCGCUUCAAAUACCUCCACAAAACGCACAAGCUCGCCAAGUAUUAGACACAGAGUUCAAUAAACUAUUGACCAUAUCGACAGAACGGAGACUAGACAGUAGUUGUAGUGAUCUUGGAGCCUCCUGAUAUUACCCAUCCGCCUCUCAAGAUUAAAAUGAGAGGUGCCGGUGGAAUUGACUGUUUUAACUGUGCCGCAUCAGCACUCCUUCAAGUUGUCAAAGCGGCAUGGAUAGUUAUUGCAUUUUUAAAAAGCAACAUUUUGUUUUGUUUUUUUAUUAUUAUUUUAUUUUAUCCUUUUAAUAUUCUAAGUGGCGUUUUUAAGUUCAAAAAUAAUUUUUGAAACAAUGAUUUUUUUUCUGAUUGUUAAGUUAAAAAAAAAAUUGUUAAUGACUCAUGGGAAAAAUUACCAUUUAACUAAUUCAUUAAUUUAUCGACUUUCGUUCAAACAUUUUUUUUCUUUGAAUACGUUUUUCAUAACGUCUGUUAUAUGUAUAAAUUUAUUUAUAAAUUUAAAAAAAAAAUGUAUCUAAGUUAGUUGUCCGUAAUAGUUUCCCUAGAUGAGAAGGAUAUAAUAUUGACCGAUUGUGCACAAUUUCCGUGAGAUUACGUACCAAAGUAUUGUUUUAAAGUACCAUGUGUAUACUAUUAGCGUUAAGAAAUAUUUACAUAACCAUGAUGUACUAAUUAGUGGAAUAAAUAUGUAAAAAAUUGUUCUAACAAAACCUUAUACAUGUAACUGCAAUGCACAACGUAAAUGUAUUUAUCUCUUCCUUCGCUGUUUUUAUUCAGUUUGUUUUAAAACUGAAAUACCUAAAGUAAAUUGUAUGAGUUUACAGUUUAAAUGUUUUUAUUUUAUUUUAUUUUUUAUAUAUAUAUAUAUAUAUAUA